AUGAAGGUGACGAACAAGCAAAUCAAUCAAGCAGGGAGGAAAGGACAUUCCCCCACACGUCAGUUAUCCAUUGGUCAGACUGUCAUGGCACGUAACUACAGUGGGAAAGACAAGUGGCUACCAGGCAUUGUUCGAGCUCAAAUGGGACCCCUUUCAUACGAGAUAGAAGUUGGCUCAAAUCGAAUUUGGCGACACCACAUCCAUCAGCUUCGAGCCUCCAGUGUGAAACUGAAUUAAAUUACCAGAGUGACAAUACGGCUGAACCUCAUCCAGAACUGAGAGAGACUGGCCAGAAUAUUACACCAGCAGAAGAAAUUGUCGCAGAGCCGGAUAUCGAACUAUAGCCACGAUUCCCCCAGUAGUACAACAAGUAGAAGCAAGUAGGGCUACAACAGAUCUGAACAACGUACGUUACCCAACUAGAUCACAUCAACCACCCGAGAGGUCGGGUCUUAACUGUUUGAUCCGAAAACUGUUUGUUAAGAAAACUACAUGGAGAACUGCUUUAUUACUUACUGUUAUGGUUAGCAUAAUUGUUCGAACACGAUAAUGAACUCAUGAACAAUAUUUUAUGAUACGUUCCUUAAGAGGGGAGAUGGUGUUAUAUAUAUAUAUAUAAAAUAGCCUUUUUAAAACACGGGCGCUGGUUGGUCAAAAGCUCAAAAAACCCGUGUUUCUAUAACUCGAUAGAAACACGGGGAAUUUUCACGCGGGUUGCGUGGAUUGCGCGCGAGUUUAAAAGACAAAAUACAAACAAUAUUUAAUUUUGAAAAAAGUUGAAAAACGACCCGAAACGUGAAAGUUUGGGAGAAACUCGAAAUUGCGUGGAAACACUUGCACUUUGUGGUCGUGUUCCCACGCAAUUUCGAGUAUAUAUAUAUAUAUAUAUAUAUAUAUAUAUAUAUAUAUAUAUAUAUAUAUAUAUAUAUAUAUAUAUAUAUAUAUAUGUACUAUUUAAAGCACGCGUAGGAGUGUUUUAUCACAUAUAAAACACGACGCGUAGCGGAGUGUUUGAUAUGUGAUAAAACACGACUACAAGUGCUUUAAAUGGCUUAAAAAACGACUCAUCUUAUACGAGUUCAUUGGCGAAGUAAUUUUUAAAAUAAACUUUGUCUAAACCGAGAAACUCAAAGCUAAAGUUUAUGUACUAUUUAAAACACGAGUUGGAGUGUUUUAUCGCGUUUUAUAUCUGAUAAAACACGACAACGAGUGUUUUGAAUAGCUUAAAAUACGACUACAAAAGAAUACUAAUUAGGAUGAACCAUAAUAUAAUCAUGCUAAUUAAGAUGAACAAUUAUAUAAUGCCACAUGUGUUUUAUCAGAUAUAAAGUCACUCCACGUGACAUGUUAUGGCUGACAUGAUUUGCCACAAGGUUUAUGAAGUAUUAAUGAGUAUUUUAAGUAAAUUAACAUGAUUUUUUAUCACAUAUAUAAAACCACGACACGCUUAUGAUUUUUCUUUGUGUUUUGCUAUAUAUAUAUAUAUAUAUAUAUAUAUAUAUAUAUAUAUAUAUAUAUAUAUAUAUAUAUAUAUAUAUAUAUAUAUAUAUAUAUAUAUAUAUACCAUGAGCUCGAAUCGUAUAUGAGCUGAUCACCGACGAGGUUAUCGGCCUAUCAGCCAUAUACGACGAGAGCGAAAUAAUCAAUGGUCUAAUUGUUUUAUAAUAUAGUCUAUAUAGCCAUUAACUGAAGCAAUAAUUAAUUAUCCUCUGUUACAAUGUCUUGACAAUUAGUUUUGCCAAAAUCCGCUUGGCCUUGAAAAUUUGAAAUACUUUUGUUUUACAACUCGAAGACGAAGGGAGCGUUUCUUUUGUAAAUCUAGAUUUCGAUUUUUAGGAUUCGGAUUUUUUGGAUUCGUUAAACAAAUAGAACGAAUUGUGAGAAUCGGAAUUCGCCUGCCGUUUUCCCGCCAAGAUUUCUGUCCUACUAUACCUUUCGGUAAGAUCAAGGUACAUGCUAGAAGGCCAAAAGCUCAAAAGGAACGUUGAAUCCUAAUCGAGUUUCAGACUGAAUCCGAAAAAUCCAUAUAUUGAGGGUGGGAAAGGGUAUUUUCGUGACCCGUGAAUGGUGAAUAUUUGUUCGUGUAAAAUGUGAAAUGCUUGAUUUUAGUGUCGUGAAAUGUGAUUUGUUCUGCAGCCGUGAGGCGUGAUUGUUGAUAAAAAUACUCCGUGAAAUGAGAAUUAAGGAUGCCUGUUUCGCGAACUGUGAUUAUUAUAGUGAUUAUUAUAAUAAACAUGAUACGCGAUAAUCAAAUUUAUAUGAUCUCACUCGAUUGCACAAGAGUAAAAACUUCGGAGGCCUUUCGCGAGGUUCCUGACGCUGAGGACAAGGUUCCUGGCGGUGAGGACAAGGUUCCUGACGCUGAGGACAAGGUUCCUGAGGCUGAGGACAAUGUUCCUGACGCUGAGGACAAUGUUCCUGACGCUGACAACAAUGUUCCUGGCGCUGAGGACAAGGUUCCUCGCGGUGAGGACAAUAUUCCUGGCGCUGAGGACAAUGUUCCUGGCGCUGAGGACAAGGUUCCUGGCGCUGAGGACAAGGUUCCUGGCGGUGAGGACAAGGUUCCUGGCGGUGAGGACAAGGUUCCUGGCGGUGAGGACAAGGUUCCUCGCGGUGAGGACAAGGUUCCUGGCGGUGAGGACAAGGUUCCUGGCGCUGAGGACAAGGUUCCUGGCGGUGAGGAUAAUGUUCCUGGCGGUCAGGACAAGGUUCCUGGCGGUGAGGACAAGGUUCCUGGCGGUGAGGACACUGAGGGUCCUGGCGGUGUGGAGAAGGUUCCUGGCGGUGAGGACAAGGUUCCUCGCGGUGAGGACAAGGUUCCUCGCGGUGAGAACAAGGUUUCUCGCGGUGAGGACAAGGUUCCUCGCGGUGAGGACAAGGUUCCUCGUGGUGAGGACAAGGUUCCUCGCGGUGAGGACAAGGUUCCUGGCGCUGAGGACAAGGUUCCUGGCGGUGAGGACAAGGUUCCUGGCGCUGAGGACAAGGUUCCUGGCGCUGAGGACAAGGUUCCUGGCGCUGAGGACAAGGUUCCUGGCGGUGAGGACAAUGUUCCUGGCGCUGAAGACAAGGUUCCUGGCGGUGAGGACAAUGAUCCUGGCGGUGAGGACAAGGUUCCUGGCGGUGAGGACAAG